CUGGACCGGCUUUUCGUGCUACUCUGCGAUGUAUAUUCGAUUAAGAUUUUGAUACAUGAAAUUUUUCAAAUACUCGUAAUACAUUUCUGUCUUUUCCCGGUCUCUUUGCUCAGUGGGUAGCACCAGAUCACGUUUUCAAUGCGUGAUACGUCCACCGAUCUAGUAUCUUCCAGUAAUUUCGAAACUAACUGACGAAGAUUUUGAUUGCCGCGCACGCGAUAGCGGAAUUAUUCCUUAACACCCUCACUCGCGAUUAAAACCGUGUCGUAACCAUUGCAAGUGUCUUAACUCACGAGGGAUCUCGAAAUAUUCCUAACCUCAGCAAAAAUGGCACUCGAAAUAACACAAAUCCCACAAAAUGUGGAAAUUCCGACCUUCAAAUGCGUCCUGGUAGGAGAUGGUGGUACCGGGAAAACAACGUUUGUAAAACGACAUUUAACCGGCGAGUUUGAAAAGAAAUACGUCGCCACUUUGGGAGUUGAAGUACACCCUCUCAUAUUCCAUACAAACAGAGGGCCUAUCAGGUUCAACGUUUGGGACACGGCUGGCCAAGAGAAAUUUGGUGGUCUCAGAGAUGGUUACUAUAUUCAAGGACAAUGUGCCGUUAUCAUGUUUGAUGUUACAUCAAGAGUUACAUACAAGAAUGUGCCAAAUUGGCAUAGAGAUUUGGUAAGAGUUUGCGAAAACAUACCUAUCGUACUCUGUGGUAACAAAGUCGAUAUCAAGGAUAGAAAAGUCAAAGCGAAGAGCAUCAUAUUCCACAGGAAGAAGAACUUACAGUACUAUGAUAUCAGCGCAAAAAGCAAUUACAACUUUGAGAAACCCUUCUUGUGGUUGGCACGCAAGCUGAUUGGCGAUCCAAACCUGGAAUUCGUUGCUAUGCCUGCUCUCCUACCACCUGAGGUCACAAUGGACCCACAAUGGCAGCAGCAGAUAGAAAAGGAUCUUAAGGAAGCACAGGAAACCGCGCUACCAGAAGAUGACGAAGACCUUUAGUUUGUUACAUCGUGCUCAUGAUCCGAAAGGAGGCAUGCCGUACACGAGCGUACCCCGACUGUUACGUUCUCAUGCCUCUAUUAUAGGUCGAAGAUUCUUUCUUUGAAGGAAUUAAAACUCGUGUAAAGAUUUUGUUCGAUACGUUAAUAAUGGUAAAAAAUGUUGACCAUUGUUAGAAGGGAUACAGGAAUUGAAUGCCGCUAUGUUUCUACGCUCACGAAUCGUGUGCGUGAGCAUAGCACGUAAAACGUCUAAUUUUAUACUAGUAUCGAUUGACCCAAGCAUAACGUAAAGUCGUAUCGAAAUAUUACGAACAGGUGUAAGGCUUUAAUCGAUGUAUAACACUUUACGAAAUUUUACAUGUCAAAGUAUAAAAAAAAGUCGUUCCAUGAUCAGAAACCGCAUGUUCGUUUAUUCUAAGAUUCGACAGUUUUUCAUACUCUCCUGAUUUUAAAGUUAACUCCGACAGUAUUAGUUAUCUAAAUUCGUCGUUUACUCACACAUACGAAUGCUUAGCGUAACCGAGGAAACGAUUUGUGCGGUACAUCAAAUUGUUUACCGGUUUUAAAGUACAUAUACGGUGAGUGAUAAUUUAAUUUCCGUUGUCAAUGCUGUCGCAGCUAAUUUUAAGAUCAGAAAAAUAUGAAAAAAUCUUAGAAUGCAUGAACUUGUUGUUUCGAAAAUCACGAAUGUAGAAUGUAAAGUAUUAAUUCUGCAAGAAAGAAUCUAUCGAUACACAAAAACCCUGAUUUUUAGAAGUCACUGUUUACAUACACGGAGAUCGAGACGUAUGUACACAAACACUGGCCCGAACGUUUUAAUCGAAUACACAUCACUCCGAAAAUGUUCUUAAAAUAGUUGAAUCCUUAUCUGUCGAUGACUUACGCGUUGACGUUACUUUACACCUCGGUUACAGGAUGACAAAUGAAUUUGAAAAGAAGGGCAUCGAUGUGUAUACGUACUCGUCAAACGAACAGUGCAACAAUCGUCUUUGCGAAUAUCUGCGACUCCCAGACAUACUGUUGUAUUUUGAAAUAAUGUUACGAUUGAGAUGAAGCACGGUUUGUAGUCAGUUGCGCCUGUCCACGAUAAUAAGGACUGUUUACUAUUUUUAUAAGCGAAGGUGAAUGUAUGAUUUGUUCGACUUAAAUUAUAUAAACAGUGUUUUUCUUUUCUAUACAAAAUGUUUUUUUUUAUGUUUCGUUCCGUUGGGAGCCAAAGGGUUUCAUAGACUGUUUUCUUCUCCUUGAUUCCACCGGUUUAUUACCGAUGAAAUUAAAAAUACUGAGUGAGUACGCGCGCACGCGGUCAAAGGUGCACACCAAAUCACUAAAGAACCUUUGUCGAUGGAAAAAUAAAAGCAGGUAACCACUCGAUGGUCGAGGACUUGGGAAUUCUGCUCAAUGAAACUUGUACCGAUGAUGUAUUGAGUUCAAUAAAUCAUCCUUGAACUGUUCUCAACGUUAUAACAUUCCCGAGGCACAACGUUCACGAAGGCGUCACGGGCCCUAUGUCGAUUAUUUAUUGUAUCGUUCGAAGCAGAGCGUCAAAGGUCAUUUCACCUCGUUCUGGACGAAUCAGGUGAAUCUACCGUUUUUGUUUGCUUAGAACUCUGCGAAUUUUCAGCAAGAGUUUUCUUGUACGCUGAAUCAGAAAUAGAAUAAACAGUUUUUACAAGAACAGAA